UAAACAGAACAGUGUUGAGAAAGCUCCAACAGGUAUUGGCAACAUGCUUCUGCUCUUCUCUGGCUUGUGCCUGUGCUCAAUUGUCAGUUGCCAAAGGUAUACGUCUGUGCCUGGCUCUCCCUAUAACAUCAGCACGGAUAACAAGGGGGUCCUAAAGGCGGUCCUUCACGGGGCCUACUCAUUUAACAACCAGACCAAUGAUGCUUUUCUCUUCAAGCCAUCUGCAAUCGAGAAAGCAGAAAGACAGCUUGUAAAGGGGUUCAAAUACAUUCUGGAAGUAGACCUCUCACGGACUGUGUGCCGCAAAAAGGGGCACAAAGACGCAGACCUGGCCAACUGCAAGUUCCAACCAGAUGGUUUGUUACAGCAGACAUUCCACUGUGACUUUGAGGUUUGGACUAUGCCUUGGCUCCACUUCAUGAAGACUACCUAUUUUGUUUGCAGUCCAUCUGACCGACCUCCCACUUCUUCAUGAAACCCAAUCCUUCCUCAUUUCAAUAUUCUGAGGAAAUCACUAAGCCGUUUCCUUCUUAACAUGGUCAUAUAACUGAGUAUAUUAAAAUAGUUCACUAUUUUACAACUUGAUGUUAGAUGGCUCCUCACCCUGAAAGUAGUCUACGGGCCAGGAGAAACUGUCAUCCAUGGAUCAGUUUUCUUUAAACAGCCACUACGAACUUCAGAUAAGUUUAUCCACUACAAGAUAACAAUCAAUGGAAGUGAUGGGGUCAUGUGAGCAUGUUUUUUUGUUGUUGAAAUGGCCAAAUCACCUUUAAGUAACAUCAGAACAAAUGUGGAGUUGAUUUGAAUUUGGACAUUAAAAAACUUCCAUCAUUUCCAUUGAUUGUUAGCUUGGGGUUGGUUAAGGUUAGCUGAAGUUUGUAGUGGCUGUUUAAAGAAAAUGGAACCAUG